AUGCCUAGAAUUCCGCGACAAGCGUUCAACAUCCGCACCGCUUUGUCCGGACCUAUUACCAGCCCAGCUCGCGAAAAGGAAUUGAGGCUCGUCAAGAAAAUCGACAUCUCCCCAGAAAUUGAAUCACUUCUCGAGAAGCCUACGUGGUCUGUGUCUCAGCUAUUGCCCACAUCGUCGCGGCGACUUAGAAAGACAGACUCUGCUACCACGACAGACGGGACUUCAUCGGAAGCACAGACACCGUUGAAAGAUGAGUCUCCAGCGGGCUCGAAAGAGAUAACGCGUGACAAACUCCACCACCUCCUCCGCCUCUCCGCACUACCUCUUCCCAAGUCCAAGGCCGAAGAAGGUCAAAUGCUCCAGGACCUGCGCGAUCAAGUCCACUUCGUCAAGGAAAUCCAAAAGGUCGACACAACAGGGAUCGAACCUCUUGUGGCCAUCCGCGACGAAACCUCUGAACACAGGCAAGAACGCACUAUUACCCGAUCGACCCUAGCUGAGUUUCUCGCGCUCGAGGAGAAGAAGGGCAAGAACGGCACGAUCAGGAGAAGGAGAGAUACGUAUCAGGUCACAAGUUUCACGACGGACAGUCAACCGUGGGAGGAGGACCCGUUGCCGUGGAGUAAGGUUGAGGAUCCCUGGGCACUCGGAGAGGGCGCAGAGAGUAGAAAGAUGGGGCGGUUCUUUUACGUCAAAAGGCAGGCCCCCGAAAAGUAG